AUGUCGGAAGUUAAGAAUAAUGGCAAGAAAGUUGAAAAUGUUCAAAAGAAUAUCAAAAUCGAUUCAAAUAGGCCCGAGAGGACUUUAAUAUCUCGUCCUAAAAGAGUUGGAGUUGUAAGUGAUUAUCCUCCAUUUUAUGGUAGAAAUGCUCCACCUUUUAAUGAAGUUAGUGAAUUAGAGAAAUCUAUCAGAAAGUUCAGAAGAUGUAUAAGAGAAAUUGAGACUGAAGAAGAUCCAGAGAUUAUUGAAUUUACUGAUGAUUAUGAGGAUCUUAACGGAAGGCAAUUGACCGUAAAAAAGGCUUCUCCUAGAGGAUCACGUAUUGCACGACCUCCUCCUAUUUAUGGGCAAGCUUUUAGAGUCUAUGUGGGUAACCUUCCAUGGUACGUUGGUAAUGGUCGGUUGGAGCAAGUUUUCAGUGAACACGAUAAAGUAAUGGAGACUCGUGUGGUCUAUGACAAGGAGACAGGUCGUUCGCGUGGGUUUGGGUUUGUGACUAUGUCCUCGGAGACUGAAUUGAAUGAUGCCAUUGCUGCUCUCGAUGGACAGGUGGAUCAUGUUAAAUCUUCGCUGCAUAGAACGCUGGCCCUACUUCCUGUGGUGGAUCAUGGUAAACCUUCAUCUCAAAUGGUCCCGUCCAAGCCAGCUUCGCCAUACAGUCUACCACUCGAUAAUAUUCCCCUUGGAGAAAAAGUCCACCGUGUGAUCCAAUUACAAUCCCUCAAUCCUCGAACAUGA